AUGGACGCUCCCCCGAAUGCACCCUUUUAUGGGCUCUCAGUCCUCUGCUUCGCGCAAAGGAUUUAUCGCAGCCGGCUUGGCGGCAAAGGCCCAGGGGAAUCAAUUGCAGACGCAGGUGCAAUUCCGGAGCUGAUAGUUACUUGUAGCAUACUUGCAACGGGUCCUCGACCCAGGGAGCGGGAGCUGGCGACGUCAUUGAAGGAGCAGGGGCAAGCAAAGUGGGUGUUGGGGAAGGGACGUCGAUGGGCAGGACAUCCGGAGGGGGGGUCGCAGCAGGCUGUGGAGCUGGAACGGGCACCGUCACCGGCUGAGGCGCCGGCGCAGUGUCAUUGCAGGGCUCCGUGGGCUCAAGUGUGGGGGGUGGUGUUUCCAAAGGGGGAGGGGGAUUCGUUGGUGUUUCCACAGGGGGAGGCGGAUUUGUGGGUGUUUCCACAGGUGAAGGGGAAUUUGCGGGUGUUUCCACAGGGGGAUGCGGAUUUGCGGGUGUUUCCACUGGGGGAGGCGGAUUUGCGGGUGUAUCCGCGGGGGGAGGGGGAUUUGCGGGCUUGGGGUGGCAACUAG